GGGCAUAAUUCAUAAAUAAAUUCACUAAUUGGAAAAAUUCUUUUGGUUCGCACUUGUAAUCCUAAAAACUAUAAAGCAAAAUAUCCAAAUCAACAUGUUACUAAUAGAACAGUAUGAACAGCAAUAUGCUGUACUGAUUGCGGAGAUCACAUCUGAAAUCGCACAACUAAAACAAUUGAAAGGAGUGGAACGCCGACACCUAAGCUCCAAAAUCGAUGCAAGUCUUGCAGAAGCGCAUGAACUUUUAGAGCAAAUGACCUUGGAAAUACGGGAUGUAGAUGUUACGUUGCGUCCAAGUUUCCAAAAUAAAGUCAGUUGUGCGCAAGUGGAAUUGAAAAGACUACAAUCCGAUUAUCGUGGUGCCAAAGAAGCUCAGCAGAAACAACACAUGACAGUCUUAGAGUUGGGUGGUGGUGAUGGCGAUUAUUAUGAUGAUAUUUCCAUAAGUAAUGAUCAGCGACAACACCUAUUGGAAAAUUCAGAACGUAUAGAACGCACGGGAAAUCGUUUAGUGGAUGGUUAUCGAGUUGCACUAGAAACAGAGGCGUUAGGCGCUCAAGUGCUUAAUGAUUUGAGCCAUCAACGUGAAGUUUUGCAUGGCGCACGAGCUCGUUUACGAGAAACCAAUGCGGAUCUAGGACGAGCUUCGCGUACUCUGAAUUCAAUGAUGUUACGAGCAUUACGGGAAAAAUAUGUUCUAUAUGUAGUCGGUGUAUGUUUUGUGGUAGCUGUUGGUGUUAGCCUUUAUUUGACGUUCUCAUCAAGUGCACCCACUGCUUAGUUGGUAAUUUAAGAGUGAUCUUUUUAUUGUUGUAGUAUUAUGUAUGUUAUCGCGUAUAUUUAUUUAGUGCGUGUAUUUGUGGUCAUUAAAGUUAUACAUUCCCUUCUCGGCUAUGUAAUGGUGUUUCUUUGUUGAAAUGCACAAAAAACAUCUAAAUAAAUUAGUUUAGAAUAAAUCAUAAAAAAUAUAUACACAUGAAUAAUGC